AUGGAUACAUGUGCACGACUCAAUGCCUACAUCUCGCUGCUCGGAUCAAAGUCGCGUGCUCUCGAAUCCUGGAAGUUGUUUGUCAACGAGAGUUUGAUUCAACACGAUGUUAUCAUGUCGAUCGACGAGAUAGUCCCACUCGCAAUGCUACAGCGACUGGUAGUCGAUUUCGCCAACGAACGUUAUCCAGUGAAUUGCGGUGUCUCCAUUGGUUACACUAUCCUCUCGUUGCUCUACGUUCUCAAGGUCAAGAAGGAUUCCUAUCCACUCAGUAGUUUCAGCGAGACACUCGAAACCAAGAUCAAAGGUAUCUUUGAAGCGUUGCUUCAGACCGUGUUGAAGUCGCCAUACCAGCCAAUUAGAGGUAUCGCUUAUAUUGCCAUUGUCAACUAUCUGCAAUUGACGGCAUCCGAUGAUGCCGCGGCCAAAGCCAGAGAUUCACCUUUCGGUUUGUCAGUCUCUGGAAGUUCCAGUAUCAAUGGAAUGCAUCACUCUCGUAUGAAUCCAGAAGAUGCCAAGUCAAUCGAACGUUACAAUCUGAUACUCUUGGCAAAGGUGGAGGAUCGUUUCAUCCGUAUUUUGGCAGCGGAUUGCAAUGCCUUUGCCAGUGGAUGGAAGAUUGCCGCUCUGAGUUGUCUCCAGGUGCUUCUCUCGCUGGACGUUCACCGUGGUAAUCGUAUUCUCAAGUACAUCGAGGAUAAAGGUUUGGUUGGAACUCUGAUUGCCGAGUGUUCCAGCUAUCUAUCUGACAGCUGGGAAUCCGUCGGUAUCAAGGAGCUCAGACUCUACGAAGCACAGAUGUCGUUGCUUCUCUCAAUGUCAGAUGUUCAACUACCUGCCGUCGGAGCAAGACGAGGAGUCGAUCUUCUCGCACCUCUUGCUACCGGCACUGCGUCUCAUCGCUGGAAUCUCGCCAAGCAUCAGACCGUUGCCAGCCAACUUAGCAACAAGCUUCAAGCAAACAAAAUUCACUAUUCUCUACUCUCGCUGCUAACCAAGUACACCAAGUUCAACGCAUUCUCCGAUAUCGAUGCCGCCAACGAUGAGCAACAAGAGAUGAAGAACAAAUUCGAGUACACCAAUCUCAAAGAGAAACGUUCACUCUUUGAAGUUGAAGUAAGAAAUCAGGUAUCCUUAAUUUGUAGAGAUCUAAUUUUAUAUUGUAGAAGAGUAUCAAUUUUACCAGAAUCAAAGUUUGGUACAAUCUGUUUCAAUUCAUCAUUUGUUAAAGGACAACAACCGACUUUGACAACUAUGGAUUUACCACUCAAAUAUUUAACCAAUUGUUUGGUGGACUUUUAUCAAACCAUUGAUGUCAUCACAUUCUUUAAUCAAAAUAUAGAUAAUUAUGAACAAUUAUCAAAUUUACAAUAUAAAUCUAUAUUGCAAAAUGAAAAUUAUCAAGAUUUAAAUGUUACUCAAAGAAAUCAAUUGGUAUUACAAAAGCUCAAAGAGAAACUCAACUUUUAUCAACUCCAACACGAUCUAUUAAUGGAAAACAUUGAAACCUUGUUGGUUCUUAUUGUCUCUCAUGCCUACUAUUAUACUCAUUCCGUUAGUUAUCUAUUCACUCACCCACUUGUUCAACCUAAUUCUCCACCUCUACUCUCGGCAUCUACCUCCUCGACACCAGUCACCACACCCUUUAAACAAUUGAAUGGUACACCAUCGAUGAAUGGCAGCGGUUCACUACCACUCCAACUCAGUGACUUGAAUGCCAACAACAAGAGCCAACAACAAACUCCACAAUCGAUAUUCUUGGACAAGAAACCAACUGGAACUCAGAAACUAAUGAACUAUUUCUUUAAAAGCACUCAACACACUCCAUCCACCCCGAUUUCAUCAAACUCUAUUACCACCCAAUCACUCUCCCAAUCACAAAGACCUCAGAUUCAAACUCCAACUUCACUUAUCACCUCUACUUCCACUCCGGUACUCUCUUUCGACGAGAGCAGGGAUUUCCUCACAAAACUAAGAAAUGUCUUUGAAAAAGAGAUACCAUCACUUAAUAAGAGAUUAUUUGAUUCUAUAUUAACAAUUCCAAAGAAAUCAAUUAUGAUUGAAUUAUUAAUGAGAAAAUUAGAUGAUCUUUUUAACAAACAAUAA